AUGGAAGAAUCUAUAAAUAUGGAUAACCAAAUAAUAAAAGAAGAUAUACAUCAAACUGACAAGAAUUCAAAGAAAAAAGAGUAUUAUGUAUUAGGAGAAAAAGUGUUGGUAAGAUACUAUCAAUCAAAUAAAUGGAAGUACUAUGUAGGAUUAAUUGAAAGUGUUAACGACAAUUCAAAAACUUUUAAUAUAUCUUAUUGCAAAUGCAUAAAAACAAAGGAUUCGGAUGAUAUUAAAUUUAUUAAACCUAAGUUCUUGGAUCGAGAUAUAGCCGUACCAGAAAGUAACAUUGUUAAAAUUAUAGAACUUUUACAAUUCAAUGAAAGUCCUGAAGAAUAUGCAUUAAUGUGUGAUAAGGACUCUGUGUACCUUUAA